AUGGCUCGCAAGAAGGUGGCCCUGCAGUGGAUCGCCAACGACUCGACCCGCCGCGCGACCUUGAAGAAGCGCCGCAAGGGCCUGAUGAAGAAGGCGAGCGAGCUGGCCACGCUGUGCGACGUCGACGUCCUCGUCGUGGUCUACGACGGCGAGCAGGGCGAGGCGCGGCCGGAGGUGUGGCCGGACGCCCCCGGCGAGGCGGAGCGCAUCGCCGCGCGCUUCAAGGCCGUGCCGGAGCUGGACCAGUGCAAGAAGAAGCAGGACAUGAAGGGCUUCCUCACGCAGAGCAACGACAAGCUCAGGGAUCAGCUGCGCAAGGCGCAGCACGAGAACCAGGAGCGCGAGAGGGAUCUCCUCCUGCACGACGCCAUCGCCGGCCGGCUCCCGGGCCUCGUGGGCCUCUCCGUGGAGGAGGUCGUCACCCUCGGCCUGGUGGUGGAGCAACGCAUCCAGGUCGUCAUGGACGCCAUCGCGCGCCUCCAGGGGGAGGGACACGACCUUCCGGCGGCGGCGGCGGCGGCGGCGGCGCUGCCGCAGCCGCCGCUGGCGCCUUUCAGCACCGGGGCCGGCCACAGGGACAUGAUGAUGCCGGCGCCGCACCCGCAGGGCUGGAUGGUGGCCGGAGGGGACAAUGGGGCGCUGGCCUACAACGGCUUAAGCUUCGUCGGCGCCGGCGGCGACAUGACGCCGCAGUUUAGCGAUAUGGGUUUCGGGUUUGAGGGGCCUGGUGCUGGUCAAUCUUUCCCUUAUUCCAUGUGA